AGGAUGAGCCCGAUGCACACGAGUUUCCUGGGCAGUGCCCUCCGGGGCAGCUUCUUCCUGGCGCUGGGGCUGUGGGGGUCGGUGCGGGGCCCGCUGAAGCGCCGCGGCCGCGCCGGAGCUGCCGGCGCCGCGCCGGGCCCAGGCCGCGCCGAGCUCCUCGAAGGCGCCCUCAAGGCUUGCUUUGCUCUCGUGGGGAUACUGGUGGAGCAGUUUGUCCCCACGGGUCCCCACCUGCAGCUGUACAGCCCCAAGACACACAGCUGGACUGACCUCACCCACUGGCAGUACUCCACCAUCUACCUCUUCUUCCUCCUCUCUGGCGUCACCGAUGUGGUCUCUCACUCCCUGCUCAAGCUGCCCCCUGGCUUGGAGCAGCUCUCGCUGACCCUGGCUCUGCUUGUGGAAGGUUUGCUCUUCUGUUUCCGUGACUACAGUGAUGCUGUGCUGGACCAUCACCUCUACUCCCUGCUGGCCAUGGCUAUCUUUGCUGGAGCCCUCUGUGCCUUCCUAGAGGUGUUCCUCCGAGACCAUAUCAUCCUGGAGACCCUGAGGACCAGCUCCUUCCUUCUCCAGGGCUCUUGGCUUUGGCAGAUUGGGUUUGUGCUGUCCCCUCCAUGGGGAGGACCAGGCUGGAAUGACAGUGACUCCAGCAACCUCGUGUUCCUCACCAUAUGCUUCUGCUGGCACUACGUGGGUGCUCUUGCCGUUGUGGCCGCCAACGCUGCAGCAUCUCGCUGCUGCAAUGAGUCCUGCCAGCUGAAAUUUGGGGACAUCGACGUGGAGUUGGACUGUGGCUUGUGCCUCCACAGAGGGAAGAAGAGCUCCAGUGGUGCCUUGCUGCCAGAGAGCAGCUCAGAUGACAAAUAAGGCUGUGGUGGGCAUGGAAAUCUCUUCCCUGGUGGUUUAGAGCUCUUGAGAUGAGGUUUUUAAUGAAUUACAGCAGCACUUGACAGUGGAGCAUCAGAAGCAGGAGGCAGGACCCUGAGGCAGAGCGUGGCAGGGCAUGCCAAGACCUUCCUUGUUGCAUCCCUGUGGUAGCCAUGAAUUCUUAAUUCUCUGAGCUGCAGCUCAGGCUGCAGACUGCAGGACUGGUUUGCUGUUGGAGUCCAACUGGUUUGGCAAAGCUGACUAUUUUUUUUUAAUAUUUUCCCUUCUGCUUCCUCAGAAGGAGACAAAGCUCCUGGUGGCUGUCGCUCACUCUGGUGUUAGUGGAGAGGGUUUUGUACAAAGCUGAAUGUACAGAGUAUCUGUGAUCACCAAUAAAGUGCUUUAACACAUCUCCUCCAUGC